GUGCAUCAUGGCGAUUUUAUAGCAAAACGUCAAGUUGCAAUCAAGGAGGCUUUUGUACGCGAAAGUGCAUCUGAAUUUUUCACACAUUUCCUGGAGUAUUUCCUGGCCAAUUCACCGCCACAUCCAUUCGUCACAAUGUCUGGCAGUGCAGGAAGUUCACAGAAAGACGAACCUUUUGAUAAUUUCUACGUUGAGGUGAAGGAGAUCGAGCGCAGAGAUUCUGUGUUAACGUCAAAGCAGCAGAUUGAAAGACUCCUUCGCCCAGGAUCCACAUAUUUCAAUCUCAAUCCUUUUGAAGUGCUGCAGGUAGAGCCCGAGACGAGCGUUGAGUUGAUCAAGAAGAAAUACCGGAGUCUGUCGAUUCUAGUGCAUCCGGACAAGAAUCAGGAGAACAAGGAUAAGGCUCAGCAGGCCUUUGAGAUUGUGUGCAAGGCCUGGAAGACACUGGAGAGUGAUGUGACGAGGAAGAAGUGCUUGGAUGUCUACGAGGAGGCCAAAGAUCGAACAGAUCACAUGAUUGCUGAGAAGCGGAAAAAGCUCAAGAAGGAGGGAAGGGGAGAGGAAGCAAUUCCGGAAGAUGAUCCCAGCAAAUACAAACACGCUGUGUAUGUCAUGACAAUGAAGUUGUUUGCAGACAUGGAGCGUCGUCGGCAGCAACUGGAGACACGGGAUCAGGAGGAGCGGAAACGCAAGAGGGAAGCAGAAAUUGAGGAAGAGGAGAGAAUUAAACAGGAUCGCCUUUGGCAAAAAUCAUGGGAGGAAUCCCGACAGAGCCGUGUGGACAGUUGGCACAGUUUCCAAGCAGGUACAUCGUCAUCCAAGAAGAAGAAGAAACCCAAGAAACCUCUAGAGUUCAAUCCACCCAAAUUGAAGCCGGAAACACGAUAAAAAAAAGCAUCUCCCCGGAAUUCGCAACACAACGCACAUCACCAAUAGAAAUGGUUCAUUCAUACUUUGCGCAGCAUUAAAAAAAACGAUAAUCUCAGAAUACAAUUUGCAGAUGCAUUCAAUUCUA